CCGGCACCGGCACCGGCCCCGGCAUCGGCCCCGAGCCCGGCGCAUGGCGGCCCCGGCAGCGGCCGGCACCGGAGGCAGCCGGUGAGCCCCGGUGACACUGCCGGUGACACGGCCGGUGGCACGGCGGGACCAUGCAGGCGGAGGCCAGAGGGGAGUUCUGCAGCCGGGAGCAGCGCCCCGAGCUUGGCAAGGAGCCGCUGGUCCCGGAGCGCCCCGCAGGGACCCCCACGCACGGCCCGGCCCAGGAGCCCCCCCGGGUGCCCGCGGAGGAGCAGGGGGGCAUCCCCAUCCCCAGCGCCGGCCUGCUGCAGGUCACCGAGCGCCGACAGCCGCUGAGCAGCGUGUCCUCGCUGGAGGUGCACUUCGACCUGCUGGACCUGACCGAGCUGACCGACAUGUCGGACCAGGAGCUGGCCGAGGUCUUCGCCGACUCCGACGAGGAGAACGCGGCCGGAGAGACGCCCGGCGGGCUGCAGCCGCCGCCGCGGGCCGGGUACCUGCGCUCGCCCUCCUGGACCCGCGCGCGGGAGCAGGGCCGGGACAAGAAGCACCUGAGUGACCCCGAGCUGCCGCCGGGACCGCCGGGACCGCCGGGAGCCCCGGACGCCUUCCUGCCCGCCGAGCGCCCGCGGGAGCCGUAGGGACAGACCCGCCGGGGACACCGGGACGCGCCGCCGCCGGUCCCGUCGGUACCGAUGGAGCCCGGCCCCGGGCGCAGGACUCCCGUUAGCCCGCCCGGAGGGCACAGGCGGCCCCGGCGCCGCGGCGGGGACGUACCGGGCUGCCCUCGGCCGGUGGC